AUGUUUAUAUGGCCUGAACAAAUAGCAAGCAAAUUUGUGGCAGCACAUUCUGAUCCUACAGACGAUUUGGUGGAUCGCUUGAAUCACGUGUAUACAGUGGGUCUUUUCAUGUUUUUGGCAACACUUACAGGCGCAAAGCAACAUUUUGGUACUGCAAUUCAGUGUAUGGCACCAACACACUUUCCAGGUACAUGGGUUGAUUAUGUACAAGAUUAUUGUUUUGUAAGCAAUACAUAUAUGGUAAAUACCAGCAAAAUUAUUGCGAAAGGUGACGCAACGAAUGUUCUGAAAGAGGAAAUUGUCUACUAUCAGUGGGUGCCUUAUGUAUUAUUGCUACAAGCUUUACUUUGCUAUUUACCAAAAUUUCUCUGGAAUACUAUUAUAGUAACACAUGGUUUGGAUAUGCGUUCUGUUAUGGAAGAAGCAAUGAAAUUACCGUCCAUUACGACAUUAUCAGUUCGUCGGAAGCAUCUCAAAAGGGUCGCUAACUUAGCAAUCGCAUAUAUUAAAUAUAGUCAAAGGAGACAAGCUGCUAGGUGCUGUUCGUUAUAUCAUUUUUAUGCGCUCAUAAAAUGGUUCUAUUUUCUCAGUUGUUUAUGCCAAGUUUUACUUAUAAAUAAUUUCGUUGGUGAUGGUUGUGUACUUUGGGGCUACCAUUUUAUGGAGGAAAUGUUUAAAGGUAACAACUGGAAGGUAUCAGGUAUAUUUCCACUGGUAACAUUCUGCGAUGUCAAAAUUGCUCAAAUGGGUCAGGUGAAUACCCAUACGAUGCAGUGUUUUCUAAUGAUUAAUGCGCUAAAUGAAAAAUUAUACUUGGUGCUUUGGUUCUGGCUUUCAGCACUGCUGUUGAUUGAUGCAGUGAGUGCAGUAAAUUCUACGCUACUUCUGCUUUGUCCAUCUCUGUAUUAUACACGUGUAUUAUCUCUCUUACAGGCUGAUGAUAACUACAUUGGUGUAGAAGUUAAACGCUCUUUACUAGAUUUUACUGAAAAUGUGCUCCGUCUCGAUGGAAUAUUGUUGUUAUCAUUUAUGAAGGAUCGUCUGAAUGGACUGAUUGCACGUGAUCUUACGCGUGAAAUUUGGUUUACCGUGAACAGAUGUAGCAGGGAUCACUGCCUUGGAGUGGAAACAUGCAAUGAUCAAGACUUUAUCGGCGACAUGCUUUCUUCCACGAAGUCACGCCUUGAAGGCAUUAAUACUUUUGGUCCAGUUAUGCGAAAAAAUGCGUGA